AUGUUUGUAAUCGUUAUUUACGUAUUUCUCGUCUAUGUUGCCUAUCAGGUUUAUAAGCAUUUUUGUCCACCACCCGAUGUUAAUAGUCAAGGAAAAUAUGUUCUUAUAUCAGGCUGUGACAGUGGCUUUGGCAAUGCUCUAGCAAUUGAACUUGAUAAACGAGGCUUCAAUGUACUGGCUGGUAUUUUCGGCGAACAAAGUCGAGAAGCACUCACGAGUACUCUCUCAUCACGAGCAACAGUCUUUUGUAUUGAUAUAAGUAAAGAAGAUCAAAUCAAUUCAGCUUACGAAAUUGUUAAAGACAAAACCAAUGUACUUCAUGCUCUAGUCAACAAUGCGGGCAUCUGUGAAAAUGGCCUCAUCGAUUGGACUUCGAUGGAUACGAUGCGUCAACACAUGGAUGUGAAUUUUUUCGGGCAUGUUGCAAUGACAAAAACGUUUUUACCGCUACUCAUUGCUAAACGAGACUCACGCGUGGUAAACGUUUCAUCAAUUGCUGGUUUCUUAGCUGGACCAAGCAUAGCUGCGUAUAGCGCUUCGAAAUAUGCUCUUGAAUCGUUCUCGGAUUGUCUUCGUCGCGAAAUGGCUGUAUGGGGUCUACGAGUGAGUAUCAUCGAACCUGGUGCUAUGCGAACACCGAUUGUCGAAGGGCUUGAUCUUGCGGCACAUAAGCAAUGGGUAAGCAUUCCCGACGACGUCAAAGAACGAUGGGGAGAAGAAUUUUUUCAACAUCAAGUGAAGAAAUUAGAAAAAAAUACAGUUUUGAAAAUGGCUGAAAAUCCCAACAAAGUAGUAGAAGCACUUCGACAUGCCAUCAUGAAUACAUGCCCAGAAAUUCGUUAUCGACCCGGUUGGCAAUCAAGUCUUAUUUUUUUUCCACUUUCUAUGUGUCCUGCUGGGUUCAUCGAUUUCCUAAUGGAAAUGGGUCGUGACAAAAGUGUAAAUCCUGCUGGUGUUCGCAAACAACUCACAGACUAA